GUGGCAACCCUCUCUGUCCUACAUUUCCUGAUUUCCCCUUGCCGUCGCCAGCGUAGGCCCGUCCUCUCCUCCCGAAGCCACCACCGGCCCACCGUCCAUCCACGCCGCCGCACCACGUGCCCCCACGCCCCCGACGCGCAAAUCACCGCGUGAUCCGAUCCCCCCUUCUUCCCAAAGUCCAAGCCUCACUCUCUCCCUCUCCAUCCCACGCCUCGCUCACUAGCGCACAGAUCUCCUACCACCACCACCACCGCCGCAGCCAUGGCGACCGGGUACUACCGCGGCGGCGGCGGCGCCAGGGACCACGCCGACGAGCCCGACGACUUCGACGAGUACGACCCCACGCCGUACGGCGGCGGCUACGACCUCUUCAUCACCUUCGGCCGCCCGCUCCCGCCCUCCGACGAGACCUGCUACCCUUGCUCCGCUCCCUCCACCUCCUACGACGCCCCGCACUACUCCGCCGACGAGCCCUCCCCCUACGCCCACCACUCCAAGCCGCAGCCCGCCUACGGCUUCCGCCCCCAGCACGAGCAGCAGCAGCAGCCGUCCUACGCCUCCUCCGGCUACCGCCCCCAGCACGAGCAGCAGCAAUCCUACGGCUCCUCUGGCUACGGAUCUAAGCCCCAGCCCGCCUAUGGCUUCCGCCCCCAGGCCGAGGAGGAGAACACCUACGGCUCCGGCUAUGGAUCUGGGUACGGUGGUGGAGGAAGGAAGCAGCAGGAAGAGGAGAGCUACGGCUCCGGCUACGGUCGCAAGCCGCAGGUCGAGGAGAGCUAUGGAUCAGGGUAUGGGACCAAGCCGCAGCAGGAGGAGAGCUAUGGAUCAGGGUAUGGAUCUGGGUAUGGGACCAAGCCGCAGCAGGAGGAGAGCUACGGCUCCGGCUAUGGGAGGAAGCCGCAGCAGGAGGAGAGCUACGGAUCGGAGUAUGGUUCCGGCUAUGGGAGGAAGCCGCAGGCCGAGAGCUAUGGAUCGGGGUAUGGGAGCAGGCCACAGCAGGGUGGGGAGGAGUAUGGUAGCGGUGGGUAUGGGAGGAAGGCUCAGGAGGAGAGCUAUGGUUCCGCGGGCUAUGGCGGCAGGAAGACCGAGGAAGAGAGCUAUGGUGGUGGUUCUGGUUAUGGAUAUGGGAAGAAAGCCCAGGAAGAGAGUGAAGGGACCUAUGGCUCUGGUGGUUACCCCAAGCCGAAGCCUUACAGUCAGGAGGAGACGCAGGGUUCUUAUGGGUAUGGGUACGGCGAGAAGCCUGCGUAUGAGAGUGGUGGAUACAACAAGCCGAGCUAUGGCGGGGGAGACGAAUACCAGGGAGGCUACGGCCGCAAGAAACAUGAUGACAAUGACUCUGAUGAUGAAAAGAAGCAGCGUUAUCAGAAGCACCACCACCAUCGCCGCCAGGAGUACGAUGAUUAAGCUUCCGGUGCGUUAUCUUCUACGGGGCCAUCGAUUGCUGCUAUCACUUGCCAGCCAUAGUACUCUGCGUGAAUAAAAGAUGCUCCUGCUCAGUCGUUUCAUCGUUCGUCUCAUGGACACUAUUUGUUAUCCGUCUCCAUGAUAGUAUGAUGUCGCUUCAACACUGAUAAUAAAUUGUGGCUUUGCGCGUGUUUUUUUAUGUUUGAAGCAUGUCUAAACAAUCACUCUGUCAGUUAUCAUUUCUUUGCUUGGGAUGAUUGGUGUAUAUAUGUGCCCCUGUUGCGUCUA